AUGGGUUGGCUUAGCUUUGCUUGUUGGCUAUUUGUUUACUCGCCACAAAUUUAUGAAAACUACGUUAAUCAAAGUGGAGAUGGGAUUUCAGUUUAUUUUAUUUUGAUUUGGAUGGCUGGUGAUCUUGCAAACCUUUUCGGUUCAUGGCGUCAAAACUUAUUACCUACUAUGAUCGGUUUGGCGGUUUAUUACACCAUUUGUGAUGUAGUAAUCCUCUGUCAAAUCUUUUACUAUCGACGCCUCGCUAUCAUAAAAGCCAAUAAAUCACUCAAUCCAGCAAUCAAUCCCACUGAAACAGAACCUUUGCUCAAUACCGAACAGUCAACGCCUGUCGAAGCUUCAACACCUAUUAAAGCCGAGAAAACAUGGAUGGCAAAUGUAGUUUCUUACAUCGCUGCUUAUAGCGCGAUCGGUGUUAUUGGUUUGAUCGGUUGGUUGAUAUCAGAAGGUCAUGUUGGCCGACCCGGGCCCACUGAUCCCUCGAUCCCCGUUGAAGGUCCUCUUGAACUUUGGGAUACAACAGCUCAAAUCGUAGGUUGGUUUAGUGCAGCAGCUUAUCUUGGAAGUAGAAUUCCUCAAAUAUUUAAAAACCGUCAAACAAAGUGUAAGGGAUUAAGUCUGCUAUUUUUCUUGGUCGGCAUCACCGGUAACACAACCUAUGUUGCGUCCAUUCUCCUGCUCAGUCUGAACCCGUCUCACUUAUGGAUCAACUUGAGCUGGCUCGUUGGUAGUGCUGGAACUAUUCUACUGGACCUGAUCGUCCUUUAUCAAUUUUGGCUCUAUCGAAAGGACAGACUUGUCGUCCCAAAUCCUGUUGUAUUGGCUUGA